GCUACGUACACAACCUACUGAGAAACCGAUACACCGCUUAAUCACUUACGAAACAAUGUUCCUGUUUCAAGUAAAUGCAACGUCUUACUUUGCGUGUGUUGAUGACGAUAUUUUAGAGCCAAAUACUGUGGUCGAUCUAUCUAGCGUUCACUGCAUGCUUCUGAGGUCACUGGUUUUGAUUGGAUGCUUCUGCAUCGGCGUGUAAGCCCAUUGGUUUACAGAGUGCAUACACAAACCACGUGAUAAGGAAAUUGGUGCACCAGUAAAAUACGUGAUGUGUCAACAUUUGGAUAAAUAUUCUGAUACAUUUUUAAAUUGUUAUUGCUGUCCACGCUCAAGUCGCCGAAAACACGUAACGUGAGACGUUGACAUGUUUCCAUCUGAUCAUAUCGAGUAAAGAGGGUUAGGCUGCUGGUAGCUAGUUGCCGCAAUUAGCAUCAUAUGUGGAAGCUAGCAGGCGCUAGCGUGUAGUUAAAUUGGUUUCCUAACCCCCUUGCUGUGUGUGAAUCAGUGACAGCGGUGAGUUUCUUCGUUGUUUCGUAAUAUGUCAUAUCGGUGGAAGGUCACAAGCCUAACGCCUAUGGUCACAUCUCAUGAAAGACAGGUUGUGAUAACAUACUAACCUACACACGAGCCAAAUAGAAAGCCUGGCCUUUGUUUACCUGCUUCUAAGGUGAGCAGGGGGCAGGGCCACCCAUACGGUAGGAGGGAUGCCUGUGGAGGGCGGAAGCAGUAGCGGCUCUGCUUCGGCUGCCCGUCACCCAAAGCAGAAGCGCAAGGCUCACAGUUUGUCUAUCCGACGCACCAACAGCACAGAGGAGAGGCCAGCAGGCUUCCAAAGAGGAGACAUGCUGGAGGGCCAGGACUCUAAGCUGCCCCUCUCUUUAAGGCACAAUCUCCUUGACCUUUUUGGCCAGAUCGAGCGCGAGUUUGAAAAUCUCUACAUUGAAAACAUUGAAUUACGCCGGGAAAUCGACUCUCUGAAUGAGCGUCUGACCGGAGAUGGACAGACUGUUGAGGGAGGAGACCCCACCAAAGGGGCUCUUAAAACAAAAGCCAGCCACAGCACCAGCCAACUGUCACAGAAGCUGAAGACGACCUACAAAGCCUCCACCAGCAAGAUUGUGUCCAGCUUUAAAGCCACCGCGGGGUCCCGGGCUGUGUGCCAGCUGCUCAAGGAGUACAUGGGCCACCGGGACGGGAUCUGGGACCUCAGCAUCACCCGCACCGUGCCUGUAGUGCUGGGCACCGCCUCUGCAGAUCACUCAGCUCUGCUGUGGAGUAUAGAGACUGGGAAAUGCCUGCUGAGGUAUGCUGGCCAUGCAGGAUCAGUCAACUCCAUCAAGUUCCACCCCACGGAGCAAAUGGCACUUACAGCCUCUGGGGACCAGACGGCUCACAUCUGGCGCUACAUGGUGCAGCUUCCUGUCCCCCAGCCUACUCCAGACGUCAGUGCACCGUGUGACGACGACCAGGACUCUUCAGACAGAGAAGAAGGGGAGGUGGACGGCGAGGGCCCUUGCGAGGUCCCCACUGUCAGGGUCGCUACAGCAACCCUGAAGAGCCACCAGGGGGUAGUGAUCGCUGCUGAUUGGUUGGUGGGAGGCCGACAGGUGGUGACCGCUUCCUGGGAUCGUGCUGCCAACCUGUAUGAAGUGGAGACCUCUGAACUGGUUCACGCUCUCACUGGACAUGACCAGGAGCUGACCCACUGCUGUACCCACCCCACCCAGCGGCUGGUGGUCACUUCUUCCAGAGACACCACCUUCAGACUGUGGGACUUCAGAGACCCGUCCAUCCACUCUGUCAACGUCUUCCAGGGACACACUGACACGGUGACGUCCGCAGUGUUCACGGUGGGAGACAAUGUGGUUUCAGGGAGUGACGACCGCACCGUGAAGGUGUGGGAUUUAAAGAACAUGAGGUCGCCUAUAGCAACCAUCCGCACUGACUCAGCUGUGAACCGGAUAAGCGUCUCUGCCAACCAGAGGAUCAUCGCCCUACCACACGACAAUCGACAAGUCCGAUUGUUUGACAUGAGCGGAGUGAGGCUGGCCAGACUCCCACGCAGCAACAGAAUGGGUCACAGGCGAAUGGUGUGUUGUACGGCGUGGAAUGAAGAGAACCAGUCGUGCAACCUGUUCACAUGCGGCUUUGACCGACAAGCCAUCGGCUGGAACAUUAACAUCCCUGCCCUGCUUCAGGAGAAGUGAUGGUCCACACACGCACACACAGAGAAGAAGGAGACACACACGCACAUAUAAACACUGUCGUCUGUGGCCUGGCACAUAUUGACCCUGGGAAGCAUUUCAGUUCAGUAGUCAUGUAUUUCACAGAUGAUGGGAUGAUGGGGUUGUGUACAUCUGCUGGUGUUAAAUGACUGACGUGGUUCCAACAUUUUAAAGUCUAUGUGUGCAAGGCCACAGAACCGAUCUCCUGUUUGUGACCCUUUCACUUAUUUAGCAUGCGUUGUGAAUUGUGACACGGCUAGUCUGAUUUAUUGGGUUCCUGGCCUUCUCUGUUUUAAAGUAUAUAUUUAAAUCUACAGUUGUAGGCUGCUGUACACAUCACUGUUGUUUAGUCACGGCCGAAUGGUUACUCUUGCAUGUUCAUAAUCUCCUUUUUGCAAAUGUGACAUGUAAAGAGAACAAUCAUAUGGCCAGGAGAGCUUGUAGGAUAUGAUAUAAAGAAGUUGUGUAUAUACUGUAUUAUGUCGUGGCCUGAUGAAGUGCCCUGUGCUGCAGGUUGUUGCUGUAUCAAGUGUCUUACAGUUGUCUCCCUACAAAGGGUGGAGUUUGGCAGAGAUGGCGUUGUUCUGUGAAAUGUUUUUAUCCUUUUAGUGAGACUUCUAGAUAUACAGAUUUGUCAUCUUGGAACCGAACUGUUAGUAUUUAGUCCUGUCACCUGCUGGGUCUUUCAGUUGUCUUAAAAUGUUACGAGCCUGCUGUCCUCUAUACAUUGUCACCGCAAAGAUUUGAGUCCUUGCCUAUUACCUUCGAUAUUUUCACUUCACCGCCAGCCUCCAUGUUCUUUCCCAGAUUUUGUUGUCAAUUAAUUAUGAUACUGUAACUGUCUUGUUCCACGUUUACAGUUAGAUUUUUUUUGUUGCCUCUGUCAGACUGUAAAGUGUCAAGAGCUUAGCAUUAAGAGGACUCCACGUCUGUUAUAUUUAGUAGGUCUGUAAAUGGGAUGUGUUCAUCAUUAGCAUAAUCAAGUAUUUCCUACACGUUCCUGGUGUCGUUACUUUUAGCCAUAAUGUUAGUGUAAGUGAAAAACUGGUUGCCGCCUCCCCAAAGUGAACUUGUUACUGUUUAUUACUCUGCCCUAGUAACAGCCUGUCAAUAUGAAGCUAUAGUGUUUACACGUUGCAUUGAACUCUUAGCCUUGUGUGUCUUCUGUUAAGCCUGUGACAUGGACUCUUUAUCCAUAUUCAGAAGCAAUAACCCAGCUCCUUUAUGUGUCUGGUGCUCAGAGUAAAGUUCCUCUGUCUUGUAAAUCAAUGAAUCUGACUUGAAGCAAGCCCUGAAUCUCACUUACCUAUAAGGACUCGACCAGAGCCCAGGAAACCCUUUGUUACAUGUGCAAUAUCCCUUAACAUGAAGUCAUGCUUUAGUUUUGGAUCUUUGGAUGUUUAACUUAUUUCAGUGCUGUAGACGCCAUAACAUGAUUUCUGUGUACAUGUGUGACUGCUGUAGAUGUACAAAAGUAUGCAGAACUUCUCCCAAAGAUGGCUCCGGACUUAACACUGUUUCAAUCAACAAUAGUCAGGGAGGAUUUGAAGUAGCACAGACCUCAAAAUGAAAUAAGUGUAUUGAAAUACCUUGCCAUUGCUUUGAAAAGGAUGCCUUAUCCUCCUGAGCAUCACGCUUUUCCAAAUGACUAGUUGUAGUCCACUGCACCAUGCAGAUAGGAUUUCUGUUUCAUUCAGGAAACUCAAUCUUGAGCCCAUUGAUAUUAAUGUCAUUUUAAUUUGCAGAUAGACAGACGAGUCCGGUUUUGACCCGAUAUAUUAAUACCAGCUCGGAGGAAAUAUGAUUUUUGAUUGAUAUAUUAAAUUAUUGCAUUUCAGAUUGGAAGAAGGUAAAACAAGUGGAUAGGCUUUGCUUCAUUGUAGCAAAUCAUAUCCACCUCAAACUUCAUUAUGUGAUCUACUUUGCAUACUUUAUUGUGACGGGUACGUGCUCUCUGACACUUUCCAAUAAAAUGUGUGAUUUA